AUGGAAGCUGCUUCAGUAUUUGCACAACUCAAUCGCUUUCCUCAAAGCUCAGCUCACCAAACGAGCAUAUGCAGAUUGCCAAGAAGUUUCAACAAUGAACAUUUUAAACCAAUAUUGGUCAUACCAAGAAGAAACAAUGGAAGUAGCUUACAGAGAAUGAGAAGAUCAAAUCCAGUGAAACAGAGACAAUGUGAAGUAUGUAGAGGGUCAGGUCUAGUUUUAAGGGCUGACAAACAGUAUAUCCGUUGUCCUGGCUGUGGUGGAUGGCUGCCAUGGCUGUCUUGGAGGAGAUUCUUCACUGGCUGA